AUAGGGGGUGUAUACCUUCAAAAUCAAACUAAACGAUUGUCCAAAAACUAACCAAAACUAUCCUUUAAGAAAGAAAUUAGAGAUGAAAAUACCCUAAAUCAUGCAAUCGACCUGCUCACAAAAACCUACCUCUCUACCAACUAAACAAGCUGACAUCUCAAAGUCAAAGACAAACCCAUUUUGAAUACCCACUUUUGAUGUCGCAUGGGCUUACGACAUAUAGAAUACUCAUUUAGGAGCUGCUAUAAAAAGAAUGAAAGGAAGAGGAAAUGGCAGAGGAAAGGUGAAAUGGGAGAAAAAGUGUUGGUGUUUGGGGCAUGGUUCAGUCCUUUCAGCCGACGAGUAGAAUUGGCUCUGAAACUAAAGGGUAUUCAAUAUGAUUACAUUGAAGAACAAAUAUACAAGAAGAAGAGCGAUUUGAUUCUAAAAUAUAACCCUGUUUACAAGAAGGUGCCCACCUUCGUCCAUGCCGGCAAGCCCAUUGCAGAGUCCAUUGUUAUCCUUCAGUACAUUGACGAGACUUGGAAGGAAAACCCCCUUUUGCCUCAGGAUCCCUAUCAAAAAGCUCUGGCUCUGUUCUGGGCCAAGUUCAUGGAUGACAAGCUGCUGCAAGCAUUGAUGAAGGCGAGGAGAAGGCAGGGGAAGGAGAAAGAGGAGGCAGUGGCAGAGGCAGGUGAGGCAUUGAGAGCAUUAGAAGAAGAGCUGAAAGGGAAGAAGUUCUUUGGAGGAGAAACGUUGGGAUUUGUGGACAUUGUUGCUAACUUCAUAGCUUAUUGGACUCCAGCCAUGGAAGAGGCUUUGGGAGAGGAAGUACUAACCAGAGAAUUGCAGCAGCUUCCUAGGCUACGUCAAUGGUGCCAUGACUUCGUUGAACAUAGCGUCGUGAAACAGACUCUGUCCCCUAAAACUGAACUCCUCGAGUUCAUGUCGACUCAGUUUGGAACUAAACCAACAUGAAUGCUUAGUGAGUGAGGAGUGUGUUGGACAUGUCCCACGAUCAAUUAAAGGAAUAACGUCGAGACCUUUUGCAGUAAAGAAAGCUUAAAAACACUUACGUUUAU